CGAGUCUCGCCCACCGAUGUGGCCGCCUCUCGACCCAUCGUAUCCCAACAAACGGAAACGCCGCUACUUUUGCGGGUCUCCGUGAUCAAACGCCGGGCGACGAGUUCGACGGUGGCCGCAGUGCAUACCGUCUUGGGGCUGCGGAAAUGGCGGCGAUGGCGGCGACGCGACACUCUCUGCAGUGCGAACUGUUUCGCCCCAACGACGAACGUCUCGUCGACGUCGUCAACGUCGUGGAGGCCACGAAACGCAAGAAGAUGAGCCUUCUGUGCGCCGUCGUCAGCACCGAGAAGCCCGUACGAGUCUCCCUCUACCAGGUCAAGAGCACCGACAAGGACUUGUACAAGAAGAAACACUGCUGGCCCUUGCGGGACCUGCGCCUCGUAGACGGCCGCAAGGCGGACAGCGCCGAAUUCGAUUUGCACUUCGAUAAAGUUUACAGGUGGCAAGCCAAGAACAUCCAGGAGCGUAACGACUUCUUGCGCUGCCUGUACCGCUUGUGUGUUCACUAUGCGCCGCAGCAACAACGUCCACGUUUCGAAAAUGUACCCAAGGCGCUUCUGGAAGAUGACGGCAGGGCACAGCUGUUGGAGAAGGUGGUUGCAGAUGAAGCUGACGACUACCAAGCACUGACGGCACGUGAGGAGGCCGACUUGGAGUGCCUGAUGGCCAAGUACGAGUUUGCUAUUCACAAUGCCGAAGAGUUUACCGAGCAGCUUGCUCGUGAACUGGCUGCACUGGAUGCCUCCAACGUGUACACCAUCAUGGAGUCUGAGCGGCGGGUCCAGAAGCUCAUGGAAAUGACGCAGGUGGCCCUUGACGAGGUGUGUCGCCUCGAGCGCCGCCUGGAUGCGUACGAGCACCUGCUGCGCACCGUGCGCGACAGCGUGCUCCGGAUGGAGGAGAAGGAUGCCCUGCUGCACGUGCAGAACGAGAACAAUGUUCGUCUCCUGCAUGAGCUGGAGACACUCGUCAAUCAGCUCGACUUGCCGCAUGCGCACCAGGUAGCCCUUCUUAACGGAGACUUGACGAGUCAGGACGGCAUCCGUGCCUGCACUGCCGCUGCCCGAGCCCUUGAGGAGGCAUGCAGUGCCCAGACACGUCCAGGCCUGUCCAAGAUGGCCGCUGUUCAGGAGCAAACCAAGUUGCUCGAGAAGCUGCGCGACAAGUUCAGCACGUCAUUGUCACACCACCUCAACAAGCUCUUCCUACGGCUGGCCUCGGAGACGAGCCAGUGCGGCGAGGUGACGCUAGUCAAGCACACCGGUUGCCAUAACGAGCUGCGUCCAUACAGCGAGCUGAUGCUGUGGCUGUCACGGGCACCGGAAACGGCGCGGUUCGCGCAGCUCCAAAAGAACUACAUCAACACGAUGAGCAAACUGUACGAGCGGGAGCUGCACAUAUUCUUCGAGCAGGCCAAGGAUCGGCUCACCUCGAAGCCCGUGACCGGAACACUGGACCGGCGACUCUCCGGCGUCCAGCAGGCCGAGUCGACGGAGCCCAUGGAGAAUCGCUUUGAUGCGGUCUUGGAACGUCUGCUCAGCAUGCUGGAGCCUGUCUGCCUGGCCGAGCAACAGUUCUGCGCAGCUUUCUUCGGGCUCGGCUCAGCUCGGCUUCCUGGCUCUGUGAGUAGCCAGCCGGCUGCAGCUGGCAUCGGCUACGCAACGCCUGUGCGGGCCGCCUCUGAUGAGGCCCUGGCGUCAGUGCACCGAAAGGAGCGACAGAUCAACGAGGAGCUGCGACGGAUGAUGUCGGCCCUUUUCCCAACGCUGGAGGCCAAGCUACAGAAUUUUCUUGAGACGUAUGACAAGUUGGAUGGGGUGUACUCGAUGCACUUACUGGUGCGCCUCAACCAGCAUGUCAUGUCGGCGCAAGACACCGGUUCAUUCUUGAGCAUGGCCUUCGGCACCGUGGUGGUACAGGCCAAGCGGAACUUCGAUCGAUACAUGGCUGAUAAGGUCCGGGCAGUGGAGGAAGCCAAGGCCCCAAAGCGCUCCAAGUGUGGCCUGCUGCCUUUCCUGAACCACUUCGAAGAGUUCGCCAAGCAGGCCGAGGCCAUCUUCCGCCAGUCGGAGCGUCGUGCCGAUCUCGACAAGUGGUAUACGCGCCUGGUUCGUGCCAUGAUUGAUGCCAUCGGCCGCAUCGCUGUCGAGCACCAAAGAACACCACCCGAGGUCGUUCGGCUCGAGAACUUCCACCAGCUGUACACUCUGCUUUACCAGCUGAAGAUCGGCUGCCUAGAAGCCGAGCGGCGCGAGGCCAAGCAGCGCUACAGUGAGGCACUGCAGGCUUACGUGACGCACUACUUUGGCCGUCCCCUGGAGAAGCUGAACCUGUUCUUCGAAGGGGUCCAGAGCAAAGUGGCCCAGGGUGUGAAGGAGGAGGAAGUGGGCUACCAGCUGGCGUUCAGCAAGCAGGAGCUGCGCAAGGUCAUCAAGGAGUAUCCGGGCAAGGAGGUCAAGCGGGGACUCGAGGCCCUGUACCGCAAGGUCGAGAAGCACCUCUCGGACGAGAGCAGCAGCCUCUUGCAGGUGGUGUGGCACUCGAUGCAAGACGAGUUCAUCCGCCAGUACAAGUCGCUCGAGGCUCUGGUCCAGCGCUGCUACCCGGGGUCCAUGAUCACCCUCGAGUUCACCAUAGAUGACAUCCUCGCCUUCUUUUCGGACAUUGCACGCUCCCACUGAUGGCCCUCUCUCCUGGAUCCAUUACUGUGCACUUGAAGCGGACUCAGCGAGUGAUUCCUCUGAGCAGGCACGCCAACUGAUGACGUGCCCAUUGAUGGCGUGCUCACUGAUGACAUGCCCACUGAUGACGUGCCCACUGAUGGUAUGCUCACGAAUGACAUGCGCACUGAUGGCGUGCUGACCGGCCACAUGCCCGCUUCGUUCGCCAAGUCUACUUGGAAGUAAUUUUCUUCUCGAGAGGUGUGUCUGCUGGAGACAUCUUCAAUGCAACCCGUUAUAGUGCGUUUAGGUGAUUCCUUUGAACACUCGUGCCCACUGAUGACUGGCCCCUUUAUUUGCCAUGUAGACUUGGAGGCUAUUCCUCCCUCUCUAGAUGUAUGGUGUGUGCACUAAGAACCUUCUCAAUGUGUCCGGUUAUUUUGUGCUUUAGGCGGGCUUUGCAAACUUCACUGAAGAAGCAUCAGCUUUUUUUUAUUAUGGCUUUGAAGGGAGCUAAUAAGCCUCACGCAGAGUCCCUUCUCACACCAAAAUAACCAGCUGAAAGCUGAAAAUCGAAUUGCACAUAUCGUUUACAUGCCCCAGUUGUGAUAUUGAAGAAUGUUGCUGUCGCACGGUAAGAUGGGUUGUACUGUGCUGCUGUGGGUGAAUAGGUCACUUUGGAGGCUUAAACAAGAACUGAAUUUUUAUUUAUUUCGUUUUACAGGGUGAGCCCUUGCCUUAUUGAUGCCGAUGUGCAGUUUUAUCUGCACUGUUUUCCUAGUGUAAUGUGUCGAUGCCUUAGAAGCCAGGUUGCAUAGAACUGUACAGGCUACACAAUGUAUAGUUGCGGCGAGCAAUUGGAACAAUUUUUUUUAGUUAAUCGCUUCUGUUGGUACGAGUGUAUUGCAUUGUUUCGUUUACUGCAUGUGAGACAUUGGAAACUGCAGGCAUGUGUUGAAUACUCUUGCCUGAAGAGUGUAAUGCAUCCUGUGCUGGCUCGUACAAAAUCUCAUAAGGGAUUGCAUCCCUGUGUGUUCAUGUGAUAGACGAGAAUUAUGCACCUAGGACGAACUAUAUGAUAUGGCCUUUUAGGUCCGUAAAGGGUGACUGUGGAACAGCACCAUUGUGCUGAAGUAUUGGCACGACCUCUUGAAUAGUGCGCAAUAAAUUUGUAACAGCUCCAACAUUUUUCUCCAUCCAAAAAGAAAUGGAUGUAACUAUUUUCUUACAGCAUAGCUGUCAGAGCAAGUAUCAUCAUUUGAGAAACUUGUGGCGAAAGAUGCUUGAUGAAAAUCAUUAGCUACCUUUAAAUUUUUGCUUCUGUGUCAAUGGUCGAACUGCAUGUGUUGCCAUAGAGCUGAAACGUAAAGUAAAAGCGGGUAACAGCAUGAGAUUUAAGUUCAGGGUAGCUUGACACAUCCUAGUUCACAGCUGACACGUGCCUUCAGCCACGAGUCCUAGGCAUGGAUAAUGAUGCCUAGACACGGAAGUCUUGGAGGGGAUGUGUACGAUUAUGUACAUUACCAUUUCUUUCAAAAAAUGUAUUCCAAGGCGAGCCUGUUUUUUGCGUGGUGUCUUGUCCAGAAGGGAUAAGUGUCAAAUUGACUGGCAUUUCAGUAGCCAGCUUGCACUCAAAAUCAAGAGCCACACGAAGUAAUCUGUAGUUGUAUUGAAGGAAUUGAACGAGAGAUUUCCGGAAUAUCUUUGCAAUUUCAAUAAACCAUGUCAAGUCAAGAGCUCCAAGUAUGCUGUGAUUUUUUCCACACCAUCAUCGGUCUAAAACUGCAGCAUGAGGUAGACGAGGCUCUAUGCACUUGUAUAAGAGUACGUCAUCGCAACAUUUGGGCAUGAUAAAGGGCGAGAGGUAUCGGCGUGCGGACAGAAAAAUUGAGGGGUAUUGGUGACUUAAGCGGCAGACACCCUCUCACGGGCCCUUUCGGUAUUCCACGUGUUCCAAUGUUCGGAAGCAUCUUAUAAAGUUGGUAGUUUACUGCUGGCUGAGUGAAGCCUUUAUUACAAAAUGAGCUCAUGCAUAAGUUCAAGUUGUCUUGUGGCACUUGCUCAACGAUUGUUGCUAAUAGAUGCUGCCGACUUUUCCUUCUGGGAAUGUGCUCAUCUACAAUGCAUCAUUCAUCUAAAAAACUAGCUCAUAGGCGGCUUGGAUUGUUAUUCGCUAGUGGUUGAUUAAUGUCCGAGACCUGCCAAGUGAAAGAUUACGGCAUAAUCAACGCCUAAUGUUUCACUAGAUGGUACAGAAUGGGCAACUAUUUUACACAUAUAGUAGUUUUAAUUGUCGAUUUCUGUUGCAUGUCAUACCUUUUCGUUGCACGGCAUGAAAUUGCCAUGUUUUACUUCUAUUGGUGGCCUAUGCACGUCGUGUUUUAUUGUUCAAGUCUCGCCUUUCGUGCUGCCUUUGUAGGUGUGCUAAUAGUACUUGUGAUCCACUGGCAUGUGGAUUGAACUUUUCAGGAGAGAGAGAGAGUUGUCGUAAUAGUUUCAAUAGGCCCAAUGCACAUCUUUUUACCGCAUGUCAUUGUUAUAUGUGAGAGUUCAAAAGGUCUCGAUAAGACCUGCAUGGUUCUGAUGAUGAAAUGAAAAUAAAUUAUGUGCUUUAAAUGAAUACCGGGUAUCAUUGCACUGUACAGAGCUUACUCCUACUGCCAGUGGUUUCGAGCCUAAGAGUGUAGCUGCAUGUUGCCUUGUUUUAUCAAUGUUAUGUAUGAUGGUAUUGCUUAGCUAUUUAAGAAGCCUGCUUUAGUCUUCCGCCAAUGGCGAUUCAGGUCGACAAGGUGAUUAUACCAAAGUGUCGUUGCGACCAUUUCCCAUUCGCACGCUUUUUCGCACCAUCUACACUGGUCACAAGCUGUGGGCAAUCAGUCGACCCUGGCUGCUGGUACGUUAAAGUCGAAAUGAAAGCAUUAUCUCAGCUUUUCAUUAUCAAAAUACACAAAGAGAAGGGGGAUUUAAUUUGUUGUACUUCCUAUGAGACAACACUGAUUAAUUUUGUGACACUAAUUGUAAAUAGAAGCUCAUAUUUGGUGUCUGAUGUAUAUUUGAUUUUUGUAAAGCUAUUGUAUAAAGGUUGCUCAAAAUCGAAAAUAAAUAAUUUUCAAGCACAUGAGCAAAAAUGUGUUAGCAAAAGAGACAUGAAGUUUUUGGAAAGUGUAUUGGUUAAUAGCUGAGGCUUAGACAUAAAUACAAUGUCGAAUACAUCAUUAUAUAAUGAAAGAGGAGCUUUUUCUGAAGAGAAGCUUUUUCAGAAUCGCUGACCUAUCAUGAAAAGUAUUGGGUUCUCAUUUUUGGCAAAUUUAAGUUUUAAGGCUGCAUUGAAAUUAUCACUUCAUUUUGUGCACUCAAUUUUUGUAAAUGCAGUGAAAUAUUAAUAUAUUUUGAUAGAGAAGUUUUAGAAAACCCUGGUCUAAGGCUUCAUCUGAAGUAUAUAUCACUGGCAGGCCAUAAUUUUGCAGUCUAGAUUUUAAUACCACUAUAAUACAAUGUGUGUAUGGAUGUAGCUAUUUGCAUGACUGGUAUUUUGCCAUACAUUUAAUUUCGCUGGAUGGGCUCGUAAGGCCAGUAUGUUAUGUUGUGUAAGCGAUUGAGGAAAGUUCUGGUACAUCCGUAGUGUACUGAUGCUCAAAAAGCACCAUGACUGAACAUGUAUUGCUUACAACUGUCUCUAUGGUGACAUGGCAAUCAUUUGGGAGACAUUAAUCAUGUGUACAUUGUCGAACAAAGCUGAUUUGCUAGUGUAGGCAGAAAUGUGUUCAGGCCUUUACAAACAUUUGGUAAAGUCUUGGAUACUUGUUGAGAACAUCUUUGACUUGCGAUGCAGAGUGACCACUAAUGUGUAAUGAAAGUAGAUUGUUAGUGUUCUGCUUUGUCAUUACACCUCUGAUGAGAACGUGCUGCACCAUGCGAUCUUCACAAGAUCGCUAUUCUGGACACUCUUGUGUCUUGAAACAAAUCUGUGGUUUCAGUUAUGGUAUCAGGUUUCCUUUCUAAUGCAUUCUUAUUCUAUGCUUCUAGUAAAACUAAAUGUUUUCCUCCUUGAAA